AUGCCUCUCUCCGCGGCCAGGGCCGGCCUCUGCCGCCUGUCCAGCUACUUGGAAGAGCUCGAGGCCGUGGAGCUGAAGAAAUUCAAGCUGUACUUGGGGACAGCGACCGGGCUGGGAGGGGCCACCAUCCCCUGGGGCCGCAUGGAGCUGGCCGGCCCACUGGACAUGGCCCACUUGUUGACUGCCCAUUUCGGGGCAGAGGAGGCCUGGCAGCUGGCGCUCCGUGUGUUUGAACGAAUCAACAGAAGAGACCUGUGGGAGAGGGGACAGAGAGAGGACCUGGUGAGGGAUUCGCCACCUGGGGGCCCACCGUCACUUGAGAGUCAGUCAGCACGCCCUCUGGAAGUCUCCCUGGGCACUUCAAGAAAAGACCCCCAGGAAGCCUACAGAGACUACAUCCGCAGGAAAUUCCGGCUGAUGGAAGACCGCAAUGCCCGCCUGGGAGAAUGUGUCAACCUCAGCCACCGCUACACCCAGCUCGUGCUGGUGAAGGGACACUCCAGCCCCAUGCGGGCCCAGCAGAAGCUCCUGGACAUGGGCCAGGGACCUGGGAGGACUGCGGGCCCCCAGGCCAGCCCCAUCCAGAUGGAGACCCUCUUCGAGCCGGAUGAAGAGCGGCCGGAGCCCCCGCACACUGUGGUCUUGCAGGGGGCGGCCGGCAUCGGGAAGACCAUGCUGGCCCACAAGCUGAUGCUGGACUGGGCCGACGGGAAGCUCUUCCGGGGCCGAUUCGAUUAUCUCUUUUACAUCAACUGCAGGGAGCUGAACCAGAGUGCAGCUGAGCGCAGCGUCCGGGACCUGAUCUCCGGCUGCUGGCCUGAGCCUGGCGCGCCCAUCACAGAGCCACUCCAGGCCCCUGGACGCCUGUUGUUCAUUGUGGAUGGCUUCGACGAGCUCAAGCCGUCCUUCCACGACCCCCAGGGCCCGUGCUGCCUGUGCUGGGAGGAGAGACGGCCCACAGAGCUUCUCCUGGGCAGCCUGAUCCGGAAGAGGCUGCUGCCUGAGCUGUCUCUGCUCAUCACCACGCGACCCACGGCCCUGGACAAGCUGCACCGUCUGUUAGAGCAUCCCAGGCACGUGGAGGUCCUGGGCUUCUCUGAGGCAGAGCGGCGUGAGUACUUCCACAAGUUCUUCGAGGACGCAGAGAGGGCCGGCCACGCCUUCAGCUUGGUGAAGCACAACGAGCCCCUGUUGGCCAUGUGCUUUGUCCCCAUGGUGUGUUGGGUCGUGUGCACCUGUCUCAAGCAGCAGCUGGAGGGCGGGGGGCUGCUGAGACAGACGUCCGGGACCACCACGGCGGUGUACACCCUCUACCUCCUGAGCCUGAUGCGGCCCAAGCCGGGGACGCCGCCCCCCCGGCCCCCACUCAACCAGAGGGGCCUGUGCUCCCUGGCCGCCGACGGGCUCUGGGGUCAGAAGAUGCUCUUUGACGAGGAGGAUCUCCGGAGACACGGCCUGGACGGGGCGGACGUGUCCGCCUUUCUCAACAUGAACAUCUUCCAGAAGGAUAUCCACUGCAAGAAGUAUUAUAGUUUUAUCCACCUGAGCUUCCAGGAGUUCUUCGCGGCCGUGUACUACGUCCUAGACGGGGGCGGGGAGUCUGGGUCUGGCCCUGAUCCCAGUGUGGCCAGGCUGCUGGCCGACUAUGGGUUUUCGGGAAGAAGCUUCCUGGCGCUCACCGUGCGCUUCCUGUUCGGUUUCCUGAAUGAGGAAACCAGCACCUGCUUGGAGAAAGGUCUCUGCUGGAAGGUCUCGCCUCACCUCCGGGAGGAACUCCUGGCUUGCAUCCAAAGCAAAGCCCGCAGCGAGGGCGCCACCCUGCAGCAGGGCGCCCUGGAGCUUCUUGGCUGCUUGUACGAGACCCAGGAGGAGGGCUUCGUCCGGCAGGCCCUGAGCCAUUUCCAAGUGGUCGUGGUCAGCGACGUCGCCUCCCAGAUGGAACACAUGGUGGCCUCAUACUGCGUGAAGAACUGCAAGAGCAUCCUGGUGCUGCACCUGUACGGGGCCUCCUACAGCGAAGACGAGAAGGAUGAGGGGAGAGGGACGUCGGGACCCCAGACACUGCCAGGGCCACCGCUGGAAGAGAGGAACAUUCUCCUGGACACCUACAGCAAGCACCUGGCAGCGGCCCUCUGCACCAACCCCAACCUGAUAGAACUGGCUCUGUACCGUAAUGCCCUGGGCAGUCGGGGGGUGAAGCUGCUGUGUCAGGGACUCGAACACCCCAACUGCAAACUACAGAACCUGAGGCUGAAGCGGUGCCGUGUCUCCAGCUUGGCCUGCCGGGAUCUUGCAGCAGCUCUGAUGGCCAAUAGGAAUCUGCUCAGGAUGGAUCUGAGUGGGAACAGCCUUGGCCUGACAGGCAUGAGGCUGCUCGCGGAGGGACUCCGACACCCCAAGUGUGGGCUACAGAUGAUCCAGCUGAGGAAGUGUCAGCUGGAGACCGGGGCUUGCCAGGAGAUCGCGUCAGUGCUUAGCACCAGCCGACACCUGGUGGAGCUGGACCUCACGGGAAAUGCCUUGGAGGACACAGGCCUUAGGCUGCUGUGUCAGGGACUGAGGCACCCAGUCUGCAGACUACGGACCUUGUGGUUGAAAAUCUGCCACCUCACCGUGGGUGCCUGUGAGGAUCUGGCCUCCACCCUCAGUGUGACCCGGAGCCUGAUGGAGCUUGACCUGAGUCUGAAUGACCUGGGGGACCCUGGGGUGCUACUGCUGUGUGAGGGCCUCAAGCAUCCGGCAUGCAAACUCCAGACGCUGCGGUUGGGCAUCUGCCGCCUGGGCUCUGCCGCCUGUGAGGGUCUCUCCGCUGUGCUCCAGACCAACCCCCACCUCCGGGACCUGGAUCUGAGUUUCAAUGACCUGGGAGACUGGGGCCUCUGGCUGCUGGGGGAGGGGCUGCGGCACCCUACCUGCAGACUCCAGAAGCUGUGGCUGGAUAGCUGCGGCCUCACAGCCAAAGCUUGCAAAGACCUUUCUUCCACUCUGGGGACCAGUCAGUCCUUGACCGAGCUGUAUCUCACCCACAAUGCCCUGGGGGACACAGGUGUCCAGCUGUUAUGCAAGAGGCUCAGCCACCCAGGCUGCAAACUUCGAGUCCUCUGGCUCUUUGGAAUGGAUCUGACUGAAAUGACCCACCGACGGCUGGCGGCCCUGCGUGCCAGAAAGCCCCACUUGGACAUCGGCUGCUGA